AUGUUUGAAGAUUACAACGUGUCUGCGCAAUUACCAUUCCUGCUGAUCUCAUAUCUGUGCUCCAGCUCCUCCAGAUGGCACUGGGGAGCGUUCUUUACAGAGGGAGGACAGUCCCUGGGCUUGCUUCUGGACAUGCCCGUGUACUCUCUCCAGGGAGGCUCUCACAGGCAUUCACAAACCAACCACUUCUCCCUGAGCGUGAUGGAGCUCUGCGAUCUCAGCUUCUCUUCUGUAAUGGAGUGUGCCCAUUGCCCUGCAGAGAAAACUCAUUACGGACACCAAGAACCUGCGUGA